AUGAACAAUGUCAUCAAGAAGGCGAGAGAAAAAGGAAAAUGGAAGGUGCUGGUGGUUGAUAAACUGAGUAUGAGGAUGAUUUCUUCCUGCUGUAAGAUGACAGACAUCAUGUCAGAGGGAAUCACCAUUGUAGAAGACAUAGGCAAGCGGCGUGAGCCUCUGCCCAGCAUGGAAGCCAUCUACCUGAUAACCCCCUCAGACGAGUCUGUUGAGGGUCUGAUUGAUGACUUCAGAGACCCGCAGUCUCCCAGGUACCGAGCAGCUCACGUCUUCUUCACUGACACAAUCCCAGACUCGUUGUUUGGACUGUUGACCAAAUCCCGCGCUUCCAAAGCCAUGAAGGCCUUGACUGAGAUCCACGUCGCCUUUCUGCCCUAUGAAUCUCAAGUCUUCUCCCUGGAUAGAGUGGAUGCCUUUCAGGACUUCUACAGCCCCUUCAAGGCUGACGUGAAGAACAACAUGCUGGAGUCUUGUGCUGAGCAGAUCGCUACCCUCUGUGCCACUCUCAAAGAGUAUCCUGGAGUCCGAUACAGAGCGGAGUACAAAGACUGUUCGGUUCUGGCCCAAAUGCUUCAGGAGAAGCUGGAUGGUUACAAGGCUGAUGACCCCACCAUGGGAGAGGGUCCAGACAAGUCUCGCACUCAGCUGCUGAUCCUGGACCGCGGGUUUGAUCCAGUGACUCCUCUCCUGCAUGAGCUCACGCUGCAGGCCAUGGCCUACGACCUGCUGGGCAUCGAGAACGACGUGUACAGUUUUGAGACCAGCGGGAUGGGGGAGACGAGGACGAAGGAAGUAUUGCUGGAUGAGGAUGACGACCUGUGGCUGAGUCUGAGACACAAACACAUCGCAGAGGUGUCGACAGCCGUGACUCGCUCUCUGAAAGAAUUCUCUGCCAGCAAAAAGAUGAACACUGGAGAAAAGACCACCAUGAAGGAACUGUCUCAGAUGCUGAAGAAGAUGCCUCAGUAUCAGAAAGAGCUCAGCAAGUACUCAACCCAUCUCCACCUGGCUGAGGACUGUAUGAACCGCUACCAGGGAACUGUGGACAAACUCUGUCGUGUAGAGCAGGAUCUGGCGAUGAGCACAGAUGCAGAGGGAGAGAAGAUCAAGGAUCCAAUGAGACUGAUUGUACCCGUUCUACUGGACACCAACGUCAGCGUGUCUGACAAGAUCCGCAUCAUCCUGCUCUACAUCUUCCUGAAGAAUGGUGUGUCUGAGGAGAACCUGUGUAAGCUGCUUCAGCAUGCCAACAUCCCACCAGAGGACAGUGACAUCAUUUCCAACAUGGCUCACCUGGGUGUGCCCAUUAUCUCUGAGGUCACCGUCAAGAAAGCCAAGAAGCCCGACCGCAAGGAGCGAAUCAGUGAGCAGACCUACCAGCUCUCCAGGUGGACUCCUCUGGUCAAGGAUCUCAUGGAGGACGCCAUUGAGGACAAACUUGACAUCAAGCAGUACCCGUACAUUUCCCAGCGACAAGCUAGUUCCAAAGCCAGCGCUCCAACAAGUGCUCGCUAUGGUAACUGGCACAAGAACAGGGGACCCACGGAGAUGAAGACGGGCCCCAGGAUCAUCGUCUUCAUCAUCGGAGGAGUCACCUACAGCGAGAUGCGCUGUGUGUAUGAGGUCACUCAGGCCAACGGCAAGUGGGAGGCCGUCAUUGGUGGCACCCACAUUCUCACCCCAACUAAGUACCUAAAGGAACUACAGCACCCAGACUUCCUGGACCCCAACGCCCCACCAGAGGGCACUGAGGAGCCACCGGCAGAGUGA